AAAUCGUCCUGCAGCGUUUGUUCUCAGUGAAAUACAUUUCCUAGGAAAAGUCUUUCCCAUCACUCCCUUUUACUCAGAAAACAUGUCUUGCUGCGGUGGAAACUGUGGUUGCGGCAGCGGCUGCAAAUGCGGCAGCGGCUGCAACGGCUGCGGCAUGUACGCUGACUUGGGCUCCUCAGAGAAAGCCACCACAGCUGCAACCAUCAUCACCGGGGUUGCACCAGCGAAGAUGUUCUCCGAGGGAUCGGAGAUGAGCUUCGAAGGAGGGGCAGGCUGCAAGUGCGGAAAUGGCUGCAAAUGCGGAAAUGGCUGCAGCUGCAAUCCAUGCAGCUGCUGAGGAGAAGAUGGGAACAGUGCCUCAAAUAGCUAUCUAUAUAAAUAAGAGAGAGAAGAAAAAAAAAUGGAAGCGUAUUCCGGGUUGAGUCACUGUUAGUUGUUGUUGUGGGUGUGAGGUCUGUGAAAAUAAGGCAGCCAUGGCACCUGCAAGUCCCUUCUCUUGGGGUCUGCGGAGCUUUCGUGGCUAGCUUCUUGGUUGCUUUGUUAUAUUAUAAUGUGCUUGAAAAUUAUCUACGUUUACUCCCUCUAAUCUCAA